GAGCAAGGAGCAGCAGCUCUGCUCCAUCACUCACACCUGAAGCGGCUACAUCAGCUUUAACUGAAGAAUCAACACUUAUUGUUAUUAAAUUAAUGUCAAGUCUGUAGAGGAUCAGAGAACAAUCAACUGCAACUGAAGGUGUGGUACCAUGUUGGAAUUAAACAAGGUGGCACUCCUGCUGUCUGUCCUGGCUUCAGCUGCUCUGGGCCAAGGACCUUUGAGGAUCAGGAGCCCGUCAGACAGGAGCAGGAGAGCAGCCCUAAACACCUUCACUGACACACAGACGACAGAGUGGACGUCUUGGUUCAACAUCGACCAUCCUGGGGGGAAUGGAGACUACGAGCGUCUGGAGGCGAUCCGGUUCUAUUACAGGGAGAGGGUUUGUGUUCGGCCCGUGGCCAUGGAGGCCCGUACCACAGACUGGGUUGCAGCAGAAGAGACAGGGGAAGUGGUCCACUCCAGUCUGGAGAAGGGCUUCUGGUGCAUCAACAGAGAACAGCCUCAGGGCCGCGUUUGCUCCAACUACCAUGUCCGCUUUCAGUGUCACCCAGUGCAGAGCUACUGGACUGACUGGAAUGAGUGGGGUCCCUGUUCAACCACGGUCUGUAACGAUGUCGGCAUCCAGGUCCGCCAGAGGAAAUGUGUGAACACGCAGCCCAUGCCUCUCCUGUUGGUGCCAGCGUGCCAGGGACACCAUUCAGAGAGGAGGGAGUGCUCUAACCCUCCAUGUACAGCCAAGUGGAGCCCGUGGGGUCGAUGGGGGAUGUGUUCAGUGACCUGUGGUGGGGGUCGCAGGAUCAGGAGGAGGACCUGUGCGAGGAGCUCAGUGAGGGUUCAGUGUUCUGGGCGGCCCGCUGAAAUACAGAAGUGUGGAAGGAGUCCAUGCCAAGCCAAAUGUCAGCUCCGGUGCACUGAGGGCAGCCCCUCUGAGGACUGCAGCCGGUGCUCCUGUGAUAACCACAUAUUGCAGGGGGAGGUCCACAGUGUGACCGGGGCUCCUGUGGCAGAAGCCUUGGUGGCUCUGGCCAGCAAUCCCAAAGUGACCCUAGCCCGCACAGAUGCCAAGGGUCAGUUCAGGGUCGCAGGAAUCUGCUCCUCCAGCUCCACCUUGAUGUCCAUCAGGAAGGAUAAGUUUGCUCCGAUCACCGUCUCCACCUCAAGCAACACCACAGGGUUGUCUUCGGUACGAGCAGUCCUCAAAUCAGCUGGUGAGUGCUCAUAA